AUGGAUUUGACCAUUAAAAUGUUGAACGGUACCACACGCAGCCUGACAGUCAAUCCUCAGGACACAGUGAGCUUCCUGAAACAACUCAUCCAUCAAGCUCUGGAAGUUCCCCCUCAGAACCAGAGAUUAGUCUUUGAAAACGGCCAUAAGACGACGCUCAGUGACGGCAACAAGCGGCUGUGUGACUGUGGCCUGCAGUCCGGCUCCCAGGUGUCUCUGCUGAUCAUCCAGCCCAGUGAGCCCACCACCAUCCAGGUGUUCCUGAAAAACGAAAAAGGCCAAACGGCCACCUACGAUAUCCGCUCCGACGAGACCGUGACGGGCUUCAAGACCAAGGUGCAAGCCCGGGAGGGGGUCCAGGCGAGCCAGCAGAGGCUGAUCCAUGAGGGGAGGCAGAUGGAGGACGGAAGGCUGCUGGCAGACUACAACGUCCAGGAGCACAGCACCAUCUACCUGACUUUCCGCCUGAGAGGAGGUUGUGAGUCAGACUUCACUCCAAAAGUGUAA